CGAACCCAGAUCGGACUACAGAGGAGGUUCCAUGCUUUUGGAUCUGUAUUUGGUGGGAACAGCAGAAGCGAAGGGAGGGCUACGACUAGAUGGCGGCGGGAUGGUUGUCGCCUCGCUCAUCGCCUCUUUCUCCUCGCCGUCGAAGAUUUGGAUCGAGAGAGGAGGCACCCGGAUCUCUAGACACCCCUAAAAAAUUUCUAAUCCGGCGGCGGCAACGACUGGAGGCUGGAAUUGUGGUGAGGGCAGAGUGCAAGCUUGUUCGAUGCGGCGGCGACAAUGGCGACAACAUCGGUGGGCAACAAUUAGUGUAGGGUUGGGGAGAUGAGAGGAAAUUGAGAAAGAGAGGAGGUCUGGGAAGGUUGGGGAGAGGUGAACGAGAGAGAGAGGAGGUCUGGGGAGGGUUCGGGAGAGAGAUAGUCCGGUUGUCGAGAAUGAGAAAGAGAGGAGGAGGUGUGUCUCGCGGUUAGUCGGUAUAACCGAUUUGUAACCGUUAACCGGGUGUUCGGUAAUCGGUUAACCGGUUACAAACCGGUAUCGAUAUUCGACUUCUCCCAUGUCAUGAACGGUAUACCGUUAACCGGAUCGGUCGGUAACCAGUUAACUAGUUACCGACCGAUUACCACCCCUAAUGAUCGUUGACCGUGUUGUUCCUAGAUUCAGGUGCAUGUUAGGUCUUAUUUGAGUGGUUGGGGUCAGGAGUGUGUUUGUGAUUUUUAAAUAAUGAAUUUGAGAUGAAAUGUUUACACUUCGAGAACCAGAUUAGAUUGUGACCCUGCGGUUCAAUAGCUUAUUCUUUUUGGAGAGGACAACUUUCACAUUGGUAUUAUCGUUGAACGUGUUCUUCGGAAUGGGUUACCCUGGUUACUUCUUUUUAAGUAAUCACCAUGACUUGGCCAUACAGAUCAUGUGGAUUCAAUCUGAGGGUCCAUCUUGUUGAAGGGUGUUUUCGGAAGGUAGGGGUGGGCAAUGGGCGGGCUGGGUGGGUUUUGUCUCAAAUUGACCCACCCGCUUACUAGCGAGUUGGAAUAAUUGUGACCCGCAAUCCACCCACAUACCUCUGCGGGUUGGGUUGGGUGGGUGACAGAUGGGUGUGGUUGGGUCAUGAGUCAACUCACAAAAGCAAUUCUCCAACUAGCCAUUAAGAAAGUUGACUAACAUUUAUAAUAAGUUCAUAGCAAAUUAGUAAGACAGUAUCAAUAAUCUGUGAUUUGAUACAAUUAAUAAUUUAUAGUUUGCAUCCCAAUAUUUAAUUGAUAUUAACAAUAAUUUGCAUACCAAUAUCCAAUAUCUAAUAGAUAUUGCACAACACAAAAUCAAUAAUAGUAGUCAAAACUAUUUUUUAUUCUCCACCUUUUAAAGUAUAUAGUCAUACGGUAGUGUAGUUCGAAAAUAUGAUUAAUAUUCUAUACUAAAAACAACAUUUUUUCUUGUAAAAAUAGGAUGUGGGUCAUACGGGUGACCCGCAAUCCACCCACCACUCACCCACAUAAGUGCGGGUGGAAGAUUUAUCAAUCCGCAAUCCACCCACACAAAAAAAAUCCCAUUUCAUGCGAAUCGGGUUAUUUGCGGAUGGAUCGAUAUCAAUAUGCGGAUUAACCACCCACAUGCUCACCCCAAUCAGAAGGCACCACAUGAUCAUCCCUGCACUUGACGUCAUUAUUGGGGGCCGGAAAUUAGUGGAAUCUUUCAUUUUCCCACGCUUCCCCUUUUUUAUCGUUUUCCUUAUCACCGUUGCUACCAAGAAGCCUUUUCCGUUUAGCAGAAGCUUUUUCACCGCCCCUUGCUAUUCCUGUUGUUCUCUCCGGGCGCCAAAGUCAUUUUAUUUGGGCCGACGACUGGUUGUUUCUCAGUUGGUGGAUCAUCGAGGUUUUCAAAAGCUACCUUUCGUUUCCAGUUCCUCCCACUCCGACCAAACAUGACGCACCGACGAGGUUGAUUUCACCUCCUCUGGCAUCUCCGUUUUGUUUCCCAGUGCAGUCACAGCAAGGGCAGCCAGAUCUUGGCUCGACAGCUCAUCUCAGUGGUGAGAACCUGGUCAAAGGUUGGUCCCCGCUAGAACCCUAAUCGUCAAAUUUAAACUAGGUGUAAUAGCGUGCUUUAUGGUAUAUGUUUUGUGGUAUAUGUUGGUCCCCGCUAGAACCCUAAUCGUCCCCGUUGGAACCCUAAUCAGUGGCGGAGCCACUUGGAGAGGAGGGGGUGCUUUGCACCCCCCUUGGGUUUGGAGAAAUUUUUUUCGAGUAGGGGUAUAUACAAAUUCGAACCAAUGACCAUUCUGUUGCAGGAAGAAUUUCUUAUCAUUUCGAUCGAGUGAGUUUUGUUAUGUAAUGCACUUUCGUCUUUAUUUAUAGUAAUAAAUUGUUGUCUUUUGUUUAAACUCGCUCAUUUUUUUUUGUAGCUCUACAACAGAGAAAUUUUUUGUCUUUUGUUUAAACAAAGUUGAAAGUGAAGAAGUACCAAUCGAAGUUCACUUGUUUGUUUCACAAAAUCAAUUCCAAGGUAUUUCUCAGUUCUAAUUUGUAAUAUUUGAUGAAUGGAAGUCUUGAUUUGUAUGUACUGAACUUAUUUGUUUGACGUUGUAACCGGUGUACGUGAAACUAUUUUAAUGUAAUUGUGUGACUUUAGAGUAUUGCGUUGUUGACUUUUUGUUUAAUUUAAAGUUGACUUUUCUAUUGUAUAAGUGAUUUUUUAUGAUAUGAUAAAGACACCCCCUUAGCCAAUUUCCUGGCUCCGCCACUGACCCUAAUUGUAUAUUUUUGGGGUUAGGUUUUGUGUGGAAUGAUAUUAAUUUUGCUUUUUGUUUCCGUGUGGGCGUGUUCAUUGGUUUGUUGUGGAUUUGUAUAUAAUUGGAACGUGCAAUGGUACUGGUCAAGAUAGUCUGCAGUGGUAUUUGAUCUUGGCGGCGUUAUACUUGUAUGUUUUUGUUGUUUUGCGAAAUUUUUAUGCAUUGGUAGUGAUCUACCCAUUCGGUUUGUUGGCUGCCGACAUGUGAUGUUUGGUGUGGAAUGGUAGUGUUCAUUUAAAUUUGAGAAAUUGUAGUGUUCCUUUUUUAUGCAUUGGUAUUGGUUAGCUUUUUAUGCAUUGGUAUUAGUUUACAAUAGUAAUGUAUUUUUUGUUUCCAUUUUCCGGUUUUAGGUAACCCCAAUCGUGGAGGUUCAAAAAGCAAGAAUCAUGUGAACUAUAUCAGUCAUCAGGUGCAAGUUGGAGGUGGUCAAACCUCUCCCGUCGCUCGAGCUAUUGCGAAGGAGGUUUAGAGCAAAUAUAAAUCAAUUAGUAAGAAACGUAGCCCCGCAUGGAUACUAUCAAUGUCGAGGAUGAGAUAUCGGAAACAAGGACAAUAAUAUUAAUUGUCGAGCCUGUUUUGAUUCUUUGUUGCAUCGUGCUCCAAAGUAUAACUCUUUUGGUUCUUGAAGAUAUUUAGAGUUCAAAGUUUGUUCUCCAAUACGUCUGACUGCAAACCCCCUCCGGCACGAAGUCCUCGUUGAACUUGAUAAUUGCUUCCCUAUUGUCAAAUCGCAAAUGCUCCCAUGUCGAUUUGUCGUCUGGUACAACUUUAUAUACUUGAUAUGCAAAUUGUAAAACAAUAAUGAAUCAUUACUAUUGCAAUAGUUGAUACUAUCACUAGCAAAUCACUACCAUUUGCCACUUCAAAAAAAAAAAAAAAAUUGCACACAACAGAAUAAUUGCGGCAAAACAAUACGAAACCAAUACAAUCCAUUAACGCACAUCAUGGAAAUCAAUACCAAUCCAACACACCACCACAAUACGUCCACCAAUAAGGUAACAUCAAAACCAUUUCAUUAAUGCUACUCGUAAUACCAAUACCAAUCAUACGAAUACCAAUACAAUCAUUAUACCUUUGCAUUUGUACCAAUGCAUUCAGUACAUUGUACAUACAUAUGACCACUACGAAUGCAGAUCUAUUAAAGUAAGUAAUAAUACCAGUCCAGUCCAACGAAUACCAAAAUAAUCACUACCAUUGCAAGCGAACAACGUAAGUAACAAUACGAAUCCAAGCCACACCAACAACAUGAACACACCUUCGCCAAAAUUCUCCCCUGCGAGGCCUUCGAUCACGUUCUGUUCCCCAACGAUAUUUGUCUCUUUGCAAGGGGUUGCGAACCCAAAGUUGUGUUAAAUAUUGAUGUUUAUGAGAAAGCACAAUCAUCUUACCACCAUUGACUUGCAUGGUUGUGUCCUCCUCCUCUCCACUCGAUACAGGAGUUUCUCCGAACAACACCUCCAUUGCUAGCCUUCUCUCCUCUACCACGUCCGGCGACGGUGCAGUGUCGACGAUGGCCAUUUCUCCCCUUGAGCGGCGACUUUUACACUAUCGAAUCCUUUCCUGCGUAUCUUGGUCUAACAAAACCCUACAGUGAUUAAACCUUCUUAUAAUUAGUUUCCAUAAUUAUCUCUCCCUAAUUAUCUGCAUAAUUAAAAUGGUAGUUUGAAUUAAAAUGAAAGCAAAAUACCCUUCUUAUUCCUAGUCACCACGGUGGUUACUAAGACUAGGUAAUC